UUAAACAUUGAUAUGUAAAAGUCGAUUAGCAUUUGAAAAUAUGGAAUCGAUAUGUAAAAAAAUACCGCCAUAAACUAGAACGAGCUAAUCAUGGUCAAAAUAUGGAAGUUGAAUGACACUGAUUUUGCACGCAGGUCGGAAGCGUCGUUGGUGGAGAGCAUUGCCAGAACCGUGCGACGCAAGGUCCGGAAUUCCAACUGGCUCAUUGGCUAAUCCUCCCUUGAUAGAGGAGCACUACUCAUUGAGAUUUCAGAACAGAAACUCACUUCUCUACACUCUGUUUUCCUGUUAUUCCACUCUGCCUUUCUGUUUCUUCUCGUUC